CAAAAGACGGAAGUAAACUACUAUUGUCGAAAAAUGGCAGCUUAUGUUAACAGGUGCUCGAAUUUGCUAGUUUUUAUUUUUAUUUUGUCUGUAUUUUUAUUUGUAGACAGUCAACAAACGACCCCAGUCAAUGAGCAACAUACUAACACGGCUGAUAAUCCGCAGCCGGCCGCGGAAUCAGCGACACAAACAGCCGAGGAGGGCCGGUGGGAAGCUACCGAGGUGGAUGAAGCUGCACUCGGUGAUUCUGCAGCAGACAAACUGGGCGUUCGUGCUUCAGACACUUUCGUCUUGACACCUACACCGCAACCUAAAGAUGAUUUUCAGGAGGAGCUGGUCAUUAGACCGCUGCACUCGGGGGAUAUUUAUGCCAGCUUCCAGUUUCGAACCCUGUGGGAAACAGAUUUCAUGAGAGAAAACAAAGUGUCCCACUACAGGCUGUUUCCCAAAUCUCUGGGUCAGGUCAUCUCCAAGUUCUCAGUGCGAGAGCUGCACAUCUCCUUCACUGUGGACGCUGCAUGGAAGGAGCUGACCAACGUUCUUUCAGGAAUAUUUUGUGCUUCGCUGAACUUCAUCGACUCCACCAACACCGUUCAGCCCAGCGCCUCCUUCAAACCGCUGGGAAUCGUCAACGAGACAGACCAUCGAUUCCUUCGCUAUGCCACCCUCCCGCGGGAAAUAGUCUGCACUGAGAAUUUGACACCCUGGAAGAAGCUGUUGCCCUGUGGAUCCAAGGCUGGUCUCGCUGUGCUGUUGAAGUCAGAGAAACUCUUCCACAGCAGUUUUUUUUCCCAGACCGUCCACAUACGACCCGUGUGUCAGGAUCGGGAGUGUAAAACCACGUCCUGGGAGCUGAGACAGACGCUGAAUGUUGUUUUUGACCUGCACACAUCUGGACAGGGCAAACGAGAGUGGUCUUUGUUCAAGAUGUUUUCUCGAACGCUAACAGAAGCCUGCCCCCUGGCCUCGUCCAGUAAAAUAUACAUCGAUGUCACGGAUAACCCUCAGGAGGAGUACUUUGAGCUCAGCCCGGCUACUCCGUUACUGAGCCAGGCGGUGGUGCUGGGGGACAGACGGACCUUCUCCGUCUACGAUCUGACCCAGCAGGUCACCUUCGGGACCGUCCGCUCCCUCAACCUGCUGAUUCGCUGGAAGUCCAGUGAGGGUAGCAUGCUUCGCCCCUUGCUGCACGCCGAGCGGUACGUUGCAGGAUACGGGCUGCAGACGGGUGAGAUCCACACCGUGAUGUACAACAACCACCCCUUCAGGUCCUUCCCCGUGCUGCUGCUCGACUCCGUGCCUUGGUAUCUGCGUCUCUACAUCCACACACUCACCGUCACCAGCAAGGGGAAGGACAACACGCCCAGUUACAUCCAUUACCAGCCGUCCAAGGACCGCAUGCAGCCCCACCUGCUGGAGAUGCUGGUCCAGCUUCCUCCACACUCCGUUACCGAGGUCACGGUGCAGUUUGAGAGGGCUCUGCUGAAAUGGACCGAGUACACGCCUGAUCCCAACCACGGCUUCUAUGUUGGGUCCUCAGUCAUCAGUGCUCUUGUACCGAGCUCCGUCGCCAUGGAUACAAACAUCACUCAGGAGCAACCACUGUUCAGCAGCUUCUUUCCCUGUAAAGAGGAGUCCAGCUACUUUGUGCGUGUCUACACAGAACCUCUGCUGGUCAACCUGCCCACUCCAGACUUCAGCAUGCCUUAUAACGUCAUCUGCUUGACCUGCACUGUUGUUGCUGUGGGUUACGGCUCCCUCUACAACCUGCUGACCCGAAGCUUCCAGAUAGAGGAGCCCAACCCACGACUGGCCAAGAAGAUAGCCAACUUCAUCCGUAGGAUAAGGGGUGUGCCACUCCUUUCGUAGUUUUACUUUUCAAAAGGGGCAGUUUAAAAAAUAAUAAAUAUGUAAAACAUUCAGGGAGACACUGAGUCAAGCACUGGUUUGAAUUUCUUCAUUUAGUUUUUGUAGCUAAUUUUGUUCACUAAUUUAUUUAUGACAUCCAGGUUUUUCUAUCAUUCAAAGCUUUAACAUGUAUUCUGUGCUGACCUCGUCAGUAUUUUGUGGAUGUUUCAAAUGUUUUUAUUACAUCAUAAUCCAAAGUUUUACUGUAGCUGUAGUAAACAUAAUACAUCUGUAUUUUGAGGCUAAACAGCAGCACCAGCUGAGUGUUGUGUUUGUAAAGUUUCUGACCUGUUGGUCUUUCACCCAGCAGAGAUAAGAUAAAAUGACAUAAAAAGUCACUUUGACUUUGUCUCUGUGACAUUUUAGUUUCUGUUUAUAACCCGUGAGGCCCGGUUUCUAACAGCCGUGCAUUUUAUUUACUCAAAACCAUUUUUAGUCAUUAGGUUCCUCUGAAGUUUAUUUUUACAUGUGAGUUCUCUAUAAAUGGUUUGAUUGUGGAAAUAAAUAAAUAAAACAAAAACAAUU